AUUUCAGGCCUGACAAUGUGCUACCAGCGAUUGUCAGUUAAUAACAACAAUCACAAUAAUUUGGAUGCAAAACCAACACACAUGCCGCCGUUGCACUAUCCGCAUGGCCACAGAUGGAACGAACCAUUUUUUGAUCUGACGAUGCCGAAGAACAUAACAUCGCUGGUGGGCAAAUCAGCAUAUUUGGGAUGUCGUGUCAAACAUUUGGGGAACAAGACUGUUGCCUGGAUACGCCACCGCGACCUGCACAUCCUCACCGUGGGCACCUACACAUACACAACAGAUCAGCGGUUUCAAACUUCCUACCACCGUGAUAUCGACGAAUGGACUCUGCAAAUAAAAUGGGCACAGCAGCGGGAUGCCGGCGUCUACGAGUGCCAAAUAUCGACCCAACCGGUGCGCAGCUUUUCAGUUAACUUAAACAUUGUGGACACCAUCGACGAUGAGACGAGCAGCCUGCUGCAGCAGUACUAUAGCGACGAUGCGUUUUACAUAAGUUCCGAUCGUAUUUACCAGUCCAGCGACGACGAGUUUGCGGGCAUGUUCGGGCACAUACAAACAGUGGCCGUGCCAACAGCAAGCAUACUGGGUGGUCCCGACCUGUACGUGGAUAAAGGGAGCACUAUCAACCUGACUUGUGUAAUAAAGUUCAGCCCCGAGCCACCGACGCACAUCUUCUGGUAUCAUCAAGACAAGGUGCUAUCAGAAGAAACGUCUGGAGGUCGCAUAAAAUUCAAAACGAUCAAAUCUGAAGAAACGAAAUCCAUUCUACUAAUUAGUGAUGCUGAUCUACUAGAUUCGGGCAAAUAUUCUUGCUACCCAUCGAACACCGAGAUAGCGAGCUUGCGGGUCCACGUGUUACAGGGUGAGCGACCAGAGGCGAUGCAAACCAACUCGGCACCCACAGCUCGACACAGCGCCGCCGCCCAGCCGAACAAGCUAAUCAGCGCUUUAGUCGGCGCUUUCGUUCUACUGCAAAUAUACACAUUUCUCUGCAAGAAUGCCGGCCAUAUAACCGAACACAACAACAACGAUCAAAGCAAACAACGUACGCGUGUAGCAGCGCUGAACCCACGCCGUGGCCCCAACCCCAGCCGCACUUCCAGUCGUGCGCAUAGCAGCGCUCAGCAUUUGCCACUCCAGCAACAGCAAAGGCCACAGCCACGACAUCGACAACAGCAACCACAACAACGAGAAUAUCAGCAUUCAGAAAUUGGCAGCAGUAUUCUCGUACUGCUUGCGUUGGCGUUGUUGCGUUGCAACAAUGUGACAACCGUUGACAGCAUAGCGGCGCCUUCCACCGAACAGCUGACGCAGCGCCACCGACAACCAGACCAAAUGCAACGUCAAAGCGCGGCGCAAGCAGUGAACUUUGACGCCCUUGCGAAAACGUCAUCAACUGCGCGGUGAUGAACUAAUCGACAGGGGGGCCAAGGCCCCGCACACCACAAACACUAGAGCGGGUGAGUAGCAUGCAGUCGGCUGGUGGAAGGCACCAGCGGAAGGCGUUAACCUCAGCCGUUCAUAUGGAUGUGUGGUGGCGCGACGGCAAUGGUGACUGGGCGCAUGCGACCACAAGUACUCUAAACAGUUCAAGUACUGAAAUUUAUAAAACUUUGGUCGGCUAAUUACGAA